AUGAGUGUCCCCGCCACCUCGCCUUCGCCGCUGCCCAGCGAUGCGGCGAACGCAAAGCCCAUCCCAGCGACACGCGCCCGCCCGACUCCAAUCGCCGGCGCCGCCGACUCGCCGCGCGGCGCGUCGCCGUCCGGCUCGUCGUUUCGCCGUGCUGGCCGCAGCGUGACCGGUGUCAGCCUCGGCAUCGACGCCAACGGCCACAGCGCCGCUGAAGGCGACUCCAACUGGCGCACACGCGGCAGCGAGGUUGGAUCGCUGCCCAAGGGCCGGUCUGCCGGCCCGGAACGUACAGUGGGCGGCUUUGAGAAGCGUGAAGUCCGUGGCGCCGCUGCGGCAGCCAGCGCGCUCUCGGGAUCCAAGGAGAAAGCCGCGGCGCUCAGCCACGUCCCUUGCCGCUUCUUCAAGGCCGGCGCAUGCACUGCUGGAUCUAGCUGCCCAUUCUCCCAUGACCUCGGUGGCAAGCGUGAAGUGUGCCAGUGGUUCCUCAAGGGCGAUUGCAAGUUCGGUCACAAGUGUGCUCUCGCUCAUGUCCGCCCUGGUGAGCCCAUGUCGAUGGACAGACGGAACAAGAAGGACCAGCAGCGCGAGGCUCGCGAACGCCAUGGCGAUUCGCUGGGCCGCUCGAUGGGUGACGAUCUCGGAACGUCCCCGGCAACCAGCUUUGGUGCCCGCGCAUCGCCGAUCCCUACCCCCAUCUCGCACCCGGUCCCUAUCAAGUCGGCCAUCUCACAGUCGCUGCAGUCGGGAUCGAUCCAAUCGCCGAGCCGCUUUGCCUCGUCGCCGUUGCGCGAGCCGUACGGGCCUCCUGCGGCGGUGGUCGCAGGGUCGCCAUCGGCUGGGUUCAACCAGAACUCGCGACCCCUCAGUGGCGCCGCUGGCUUUGCGUCGUCGCCGUCGCGUCCGUCGCCCCUCUCGUCGUCGUUCAACGCCCGUGCCACCUCGGGCAUGUCGCUCAAGGGCAGCUCGUUGGUUGCAGCCCACUCGCCGCUUCGCCCGCCCGCUACAUCGGGCACGUUCUCGAGCUCAUUCUCGCACACGUCCGCGUCGGUCGACAAGUCGAGCGGCCAGCUUUCGGCGUCGUUUGCCGGCGGUGCGCGCAGCAUCUGGUCGCGUUCCGACACUCCCGACGAGCCCCUCCAUCCUGGCGGUACCAGCGCUCGCCGUGGCGUCCCUUCCGUCUCUGCCCGUCUCAUUACCGACGUGUUUGACGAGCACGAUGACCAUGGCGAGGACCUCUUGCCCUCUAGCCUCUCGGAACUCCUCACUCCCAAGGAGCGCGCCCGCCGCAUGUCCCGCAACGACAGCCACGACUCGUACGUUGGUUCGCCGGGUCGACAGAACUUUAUCAACCCGCACCAGUAUGUCGGUGCCGAGCGUCUUGCCCAGUCGGCCAACGCCGCUAUCCCUGCCGGUGGCUUCUUGCAGGCCUUGUGGAAGGAGGACGGCGGAGACGCCCGUGCCGGUGCCGAUGGCGAGACCGUCACUCCCCCUCCUGAGAGCGUCAGCACGCCGACCGGCACCACCCCUUCGGACCCGCUCUCGUUCGCCCCUUCGCAGCCCCAGCCUCAGCCGGCACUCCGCCAGUCCCUCCUGUCGCAGCAGCGCACGACGCCUGGCUCGCCCGGCGUCCAGAUCCGCCAGGUGGCCCCCGCUGUCGACGCGCCCUUCCUCAUCCGCGGCACCGACCCCAGCUCGCCCACUGCCCGUGUCCUUUCCGAGCACGCUCCGGGUCAGUCAUUGCCCGGUGGCCUCGCCGCGGCCCUCAGCCGCAUGCACAUGCAGCCCCGCGUUCCCUCGGGUCUCAGCGGGUCGGGUGCCCACGUCGCCACCCCGCCAGGCUUCAACUCGGCCGCUGCGCGCCGCGAGGACCACGACGAGGAGGCCCUGUUCCACAUGGACGGUUAA